ACAAGGAGAGAGAUCUUUAGAAUCAAUCGACACGAGCGAUGAAUGGGACUCACCGUCAUCAUCUUCUUCAACUGGUCUUAUCAUGCCGCAAGAUCACAGCUCAAGUGACUCAACCAGGAUCUUCCACCAUCGUAGCCAUGGCUUCAUCCUCCGAACAAGAAUUCCUAGUCAAAAGCCGCGCCAAUCUCUACCGAUUCCCUCAUUCCAACAAUUUCUGGGACUCAAAGACCGCUUCACGCGUCGGCGAGAAGCUUGGUCUACGUCUUAGAGAUCUCGGUGUUGACGUUGUCUCCAUUGAUGCAGACGAAGAGAUCUCUCGACCCAUUCACCACCGCAAAAGGGUUCUUCCGUUGUUUGAUUCCGUUCGUCGUACCGGUAUCAGAGUCGACGGAACUGACCAAUUGAACGAUAUUGGUGUCACAGUUAUUCCCAGAAAUUAGUUAGGGUUACGAAUUUGGGAAUUUUUUUGUUCGUACAGUUUCUUGUAUCAUCAGUGAGAGAUUUACAGAAACUAAUUGAUUAUUUUCGACAUAAACAUUUUGAUUUUCA